AUGGCUCAGCUACAAGCCCGUGCUCUGGCCUCUCAACAACCAUCACACUCUGAACCAGAACCAGAAGUCACUUCCCCACCUCCUGAACAUCCAAAUCCAGCUACAUCUGAACAACCUCAAACACCACCACCUGCACAACAACUAAAUCCACCUCCUGAACAACCAAUCAACUCUGAACCACAACCAACCCACUUACCAUCUGAACCAAACCCACAACCUGAACAAACAACACAGUCACCCUCUACCAUUCCAACACCCACAACUUCCGUUGCCUCCAUAACUCCCACACUAAAUCUCAGUGCCCCAAACUCACCUUCUCCAUCCUCCCUAGCAUCUGACACUGAACCAAAGACUACCCUCCUUACCCUAGAAGAAGCAAUACAGGCCUCUUUGAACAAGUCCACAACGACUUCAUCAGAGACGCUGUUAUUAGGCUCCAAGAGCUUGGCCAGAGAGGCUGAAGAACGAGCUAGGAAGGAAGCUGAAGAGAAAGCACACAAAUACGAAGAACAGCAGAUCAGACAAGCUGAAGAGAAAGUUGUUGCUGAUGCUGCUACUAUGGUUGCUGCUGAGGCUGAGGCAAAAGCUAAAGUCGAAGCUGAAGAAGCAACUCGUAUUGCUGCAGAAGAAGCUGCCAAGGUCAAAGUUGACACACUGACUCAGGGGGAGCACUCCAACUCUAGGUUUGUCCCUCUGGUCUUGAAGACUCUGGAGGAACUGCAGAAAGAACAACAAGUAGUUCGGGCUAGGCUAGAUCAACAGGAUUCUGUCAACAACAAUAUUCAGAACAUGUUGUCUCAGCUGCUCCAAAGGAUGCCUCUGCCCCCAAACCCUUAG